AUGGAAGCACUAUUCAAAGAAUUCGCUUCAGCAUCCAAAGCACUUUGGUCUCUUCCUAUAAACUUCCCUGGCACUGUUUACUGGAAAGGCCUAAGAGCUCGGUCAAGUAUUGCCAACCUGAUCUUGCCUAUCUUGAGGAAGAAAAGGGAGGAGCUAUCAAGUGGGAUUCUGAGCCCUACAAGCGACGUCAUAUCUUGCAUGCUAGCAUUGAGAGAUGAAAAUCAACAACCAAUCGACGACGAUGCCAUUAUAGACAAUUGCAUCACCCUAGUGAUUGCUAGUCAUGAUACAUCUACAAUUCUUCUAAGUCUGAUGAUACGGCAGCUGGCUAGAGAUCCUGAGAUCUACAAGAAAGUUUUAGAAGGUAAUUAG